GCCAUGGCCUCCUCCUCGCUGCCGCUCUUCUGGUCGCUGGCGUCGCCGGCGCAGGCGACGCGCCUCGGCGCCUCCGACGCGCUGCUCGCUGCGCUCCUCGCCCAGCAGCGCGCCCUGCCCGCGCGCCCGCUCGACAACGCCAACGACCCCGCGCCCUACACGACCAACCACGCCGUCGCCACGCUCGAAGAGACGGAGCGCACCGCGCGCCGCCUCGAUGGCGGCUUCGCCAGCGAGGUCGGCUACGCCGUGCGCCGCCUCGUCAAAGGCCUCGCCAGCCCGCGCGAGUCGGCACGCCUCGGCUUUGCCGUCGCGCUGACCGAGCUCCUUACACAAUUGCCGGGCCUGCCUGCCUCCGACGUGCUCGUCUUGCUGCUGCAACAUUCACCGCUCGACUCGACGCGUAUGUCGGGCAGAGAGGAGCGCGCCAACCUCUUCGCGCGUCUCUUCGGCAUCGAGGCGCUCGUGCGCUCCGGCGCCCUCUUCCGCGCCAGCAGCGACGUCGAGUCGUUUGUACGCACCGCAGAGAUCCUGCUUGACCUUUCAGCGCACAAGGCGUGGCUGAAGGAGGGCGCCGGGUGGUGCCUGUGCGAGCUGCUCGCGCGGCUGGGCGAGAGCACCGAGUCCUGGAAGGAUGAGGCGCAAGCGUGGUUCCUGCGGCGCAUUGGCAGUGUCGAGAUGGGCCCUGAGAAGCUCGCCAUGCUGCUGCAAAUGCGCGCUUCGUUCCCUGACACCGACGUCUCGGCUGUUCUGGCGCCGCUCAAGGGCCCAGAGAUCUUUGCACACGCCAACCUGCCGACAUUGGCACGCAUCCUCAAAAAUGCCAGUCCGGCGCCGCCGGCGGAGUCCGAGACGACGGGCAAGGCGACGGGCAAGACGGGCGCGCAGAACGGCACUGGCCUAUGGAAGGCGCAGGUACACUUCGUCUGGACGCGCGUGCUUGACGCAUACUUUGCGUCUGAGCAGCAGGCAGCGCCGGGGCGUGCGCCGUUCUCCGAGCUGUACCGCGUGGUCGUCGACGAGUCCCUCUUCGCGGCCUCGGCGUCGGCUGAGCGCAAGGCGUGGGGCUUCCAGGUCUUCCAGAUGGCCGUGCCUCGUGCGCCGCGGCAGGAGCGGCCGCUGCUCUUCACGAGCAACUUCAUGCGCACGUGGAUCAACCAGCUGGGCGGCAAGGAGCGCAUGCUGCACGCCGCCGCCGUGCAGACGGUGCGCGUCGUGACCGAGGUCGUCAAGAAGGACCCGACGAGCGGCUUCACCGUCGUCUCGCAGCUGCUCGGCUCGCACGGCAGCCAGUACUUCGACAAGCUGACCGGCACCAAGACGGUUGAGGGCCUCUUGGCGGCGAUGGACGCGCAGGGCGUGCGGGACUACAUCGCCUAUCUGGUGCGGCUGGCGUGCGAGGCAGACGACGCUGCUCAGUCGCAGUCUGCCGGCGCACGGCGGAAAUGGGUCUUCGACCAGCUGCUCGUGCUCGUGCGCAAUGGCGCUGUGCCAAAGGACGACGACUGCGUGCAGCAGAUUCUGUCCUUCUUUGCUGCCCACGGCUUCUUCGAGCUCAAGAAGGCCAAGAAGAGCAUCAAGAGCCUCGAGAUCCUGCCGCAGCCCGCCUUUACGGCCGAGCUGCGCGGCGCGUGCCGUGCGCGCUUCCUUUCGUGUCUCUCCGAGCUGGCCGACCAGACGACGUUGCUGUCCGACGUCGACGGCAAGGCGCGCAGGCUUCAGGGCUGUGCCGCCUCGGGCAAGCUGUGGGUUGCCCAGGCAUACGACCUGCUUGCGUUGUGCGAGAAGGACUCCGCGUUCGUCUCGAUUGUGCAGCGUGAGGAGGCCGACGUGCAGAUGCGGGCACGCGCCGUCAAGGCGCUCGCCGCCGUGCGGAAGCUGGCGGACCAGGCGAAGGACUCUGCUGUUCGCGACCGCGCCCGCAGCUUCGAGAGCCUGCUCCUCGCGGCGCUGCUGGUCACGUACGACGGCGCAGAUGACGGAGAGGACCUUCUCGAGCCGCUUGUCGACUGCUCGGAGCGCCUCUUUGCACCCUCUGCAAAGCCAAAGGACGCAGACGAGCCCGAGGCCAUCGAGCUGCUCGUCGACUGCCUGAUCGCAUUCCUCGAGCGCUCGUCGGCAUUCCUGCGGACGAUCGCGUCGCAGGCGUUCACGACCUUUGCCGGCGAGCUGACCCCGGCAAGUCUCGACCACCUCGUUGACCAAUUGGGUCUCAAUGAAGAGCCGGUCGACGACGAGGAGAUGGAGGAUGCUGCGCCGGCAGAGGUCGAGGCGCUGGACGAGGAGAUGUCCGAGACCUCGGCCGACAGCGUCGAGGGCGCCAGCGACUCUGACGACGACGACGACGAGGCCAAUGCCGAGGCCGACCCGGAGCUGCGCGCUGCCGUCGAGGCUGCACUGAAGGCUGCAGGCAUCGCAGACGAGAGCGACGCAAGCAGCGGCGAGGAGAGCGAGGAGGAGGAGGAGGAGCUGCUCGACGACGAGCAGAUGAUGCAGAUCGACGACCAGCUCGCCGAGAUCUUCCGGCAACGAGCAGGCGCCAAGAAGGAGGAUGCUGAGGCCAAGCGCGAGGCCGUCGUCUUCCAGCUCAAGACACUCGACCUGCUUGACAUCUUUGCGCGCAAGGAGGGCGGCAGUGCGCUCUCCGUCCGCCUCGUCGCGCCGCUCUUCACGCUCGUGCAGGAGGCGGACAAGUCCGGCGCGCAAGUCUCGUCACGCGCCGCCCACAUUCUGCGCAGCAGCCUGGCGAAGAACAAGGUGCACGCCGCAGCCGUGCCGGUGGCCGACGUGCUGCCGACACUGCGGGAACUGCACGCCGUGGCUCGGAGGAACGCUGCGCCGGAGCUGCAGAGCCUGGCCAGCACGGCCAACGCGUACCUCACGCGCACCGUCUUUGCGCGCGGCGAGGAGGCGCUGCCCAAGGAGGGUGCCGAGGAGCUGCUGGCGCUCUACCGCGAGACGCUGGGCGACUUCCUCUCGCGCAAGAGCUGCGCGCUGCGCCCGGCGUUCCUGCUCGACGUGCUCAAGCGCUGCCCGACGAUCGGCUGGGAGCUGCGCGGCGAGCUCGUCGCAGCGGCGCGCCCGGAGGCAGCGACGAACGCCUUCCGCCUCUCGCAGACGCUCGCCAUGCUGCAGCCCGUGCUCACGCACGCCACCUCGGCCGCGCCGCGCGACGCCAAGCUGGCACGCGAGCUGGCCGCCUUCCUGCCCGACGUCUCCGGCUUCGUCCUCGCCACGCUCACGGCGGCCGCCGCUCCGGAUGCGCCUGCCGGCCUGCGUGCCGAGCGGCUCAAGGAGCUGCUCAGGUUUGCGCUCGCCGCCGUGCGCCUCACGCGCCGUGCCGAUGCUGCACUCGUCGAGCGCGUCUGGAAGCCGGCCAAGCUGGCCGCCGCACGCGAGGCGCUGGCGGCGAGCGAGCGCUUCGCUUCCUCGACAGGCAUGCUGGCGACGCUGCGACAGCUCGAGGCUGUCGCCGGCGCGCCGGCCGCGUCGGAGGGCAAGCGCGGCGCAGCGGGCGCCGCCGAGCGCGACACGCCGGGCAAGAAGCGCAAGGCACAAUAGACACCACAUCCCCGCAUGUACCAUCAGGACUGACUGUCAUACUUUCAUUGAGAGAGCGAUGC